AUGCUUGCUACUGCACUUGGCUAUAUCUAUGUCGCUAGAUAAAUGUAGCCCCCGAUGUAAAUAAGAAUGGCGAGGGUGGCGGAUCUAACAUGCAACAUUAUUACAGCUUGAUUACAGAAAUGCAAGCCGUCUAUUUUCACAGAUCCGCGUCCUCUGUGCUUUUGCGAAUUUGCCUUUAAAUAUCGCCUGAUGGUUUUCGUUUGACACAGGAGACAGCCAAAUCAGUCGAGCGGUUUUUCUAUACAACGCUUGGGAAAAACGGGUCAUUAUGACCUUAGUACCCUAUUCUAAAAGAAAAACAUCAGAUUGUUUUUACGCAGCAGCGUUCUGCUUGCAUUUUUUGCUCUGGAUUGUAUGUGCUGUAUCCGGAGAGGAGCAUCACCCGUUCAGCGUAGAGGGAUGGCUACAAAGGUAUGGCUACCUGCCUCAUACAGACCCCAGAAUGUCUGUCCUGCGCUCAGCCAAGACCAUGCACGAGGCUAUAGCAGCCAUGCAGCGCAUAUACGGUCUCAAUGUCACAGGGACACUGGAUGAGCAGACCAAGGAUGAUAUCACUCUAAGUUGGAUGCGAAAGCCGCGGUGCGGAGUUCCAGACAAACUUCAGGGUGUUUCGAGGUCACGGAAGCGGAGGUAUGCGCUGACGGGACAGAAGUGGCAACGCACGCACAUCACCUACAGCAUCAAGAACGUCACGCCAAAGGUGGGUUCCCGGGAGACCCACGAUGCCAUACGGCGUGCCUUUGACGUGUGGCAGGGUGUGACUCCGCUGCGUUUCGAGGCCGUUCCGUACAGUGCCCUGGAGAGUGGCAGACGUGACGUGGACAUCACCAUCAUCUUUGCCUCAGGUUUCCAUGGAGACAGCUCCCCGUUUGACGGGGAGGGGGGCUUCCUGGCUCACGCCUACUUUCCAGGUCCCGGCAUAGGAGGGGACACACACUUUGAUUCAGAUGAGCCCUGGACCCUGGGCAACCCCAACCACGAUGGAAAUGACUUGUUUUUGGUUGCGGUGCAUGAGCUUGGCCACGCCCUGGGUUUGGAACACUCCAACGAUCCCACUGCUAUCAUGGCUCCUUUCUACCAGUAUAUGGAUACAGAGAACUUCAAACUACCUCACGACGACUUACAGGGCAUCCAGAAAAUAUACGGCCCCCCUGACAGAGCCCCCCAGCCUACCAGACCCCCGCCCACCGCCCCUCCCCCCCGCUUCCACCCCCCCUCUGACCCCCGCAAGCACGACCGCCAGGUCCGCCCCCACCGCCCUCCCCAGGGGGCCAAGCCCUCCAACCCCAACGCCAAACCCAACAUCUGUGAUGGCGGCUUCAACACGCUGGCCAUCCUGAGGCAGGAGCUGUUUGUGUUCAAGGACCAGUGGUUCUGGAGGGUUAGGGACAACUCUGUGGUUCCUGGUUACCCCAUGCAGAUCAAUUACUUCUGGAGAGGCCUGCCGUCCAAAAUCGAUGCCGUCUACGAAAAUAGCGAGGGGAAGUUUGUGUUCUUUAAAGGAAACCGUUUCUGGGUGUUCAAGGACACGACGCUGCAGCCCACCUACCCUCAGGACAUCUCGCUGUUUGGCAGCGGCAUGCCGACCCAGACCAUCGAGACGGCUGUGUGGUGGGAGGACGUGGCCAAGACCUACUUCUUCAAAGGAGACAGGUACUGGAGGUACAACGAGGACAUGAGGACCAUGGACCCUGGCUACCCCAAACCCAUCACCGUGUGGAAGGGCAUCCCAGACUCCCCACAGGGCGCAUUUGUGGAUAAAGCCAACGGCUUCACCUACUUCUACAAAGGGAAGGAGUACUGGAAGUUCAACAACCAGAGGCUGCGGGUGGAGCCAGGCUACCCCAGGUCCAUCCUGCGGGACUUCAUGGGCUGCGACGGCCUGCCGGCCGACCCCGACUGGGACUGGAGCCCCCCGGACAUGGAGGACCGCCACUACGACAGCGGCGACGUGGACAUCGUCAUCAAGCUGGACAGCGCAGGCGGCACGGAGAAGGCGGUGGCCAUCGCCAUCCCGUGCAUCCUGGCGCUGUGCAUGAUGGUCCUGCUGUACACUGUGUUCCAGUUCAGAAGGAAGAGCACCCAGAGACACAUAUUGUACUGCAAGAGGUCCAUGCAGGAGUGGGUCUGACAGGGCCGUCACUCAACGAGGAGGG